AUGGCCAUUGCAGCUCACCCCAUCAAGCCCAUCGCCGCCACUGGCCCUCCCAGGGUCCUCACAGCCGUCGUCUUCAUAGCUUCAGCCUCCGCUGUUGUUGGCAUGAUCUCGCAACAAUUGGCCACGUCAAAGCGUGUGAUGGACGGCCGCUUUGCCCAGUACAACACUGCCGCGAGCGAAGAAAACCGCAAAAAGGCCUUUGAUGGAGCUGUAGAGGACCCCCGAAAGAGCUUCUUCAACGUUCUUGGCUGGUAG